UUCGACCGUUAGAGACGCUGAAAGCAGCAGUGGGUUCUGGUGCAGGGAGUCUGUUCUGUCACUCACGCUACGGGUCGUUUAUCCGAAAAAAUAAAACUGAUUCACGAUAGAAACGUAACCGACCGAUCCAGUAACGAUGUCUGAAGGUGACAACAAAAGCGCUAACACGCUGGCUCAGGAAACGGCCCAGCUGGAGGAGCAGCUGCAGGGCUGGGGCGAGGUGAUCCUGGCCGGGGACCGCGUCCUGCGCUGGGAGAAGACUUGGUUCCCUGGAGCUCUGAUGGCCGCUACCACUGUGCUCUUCCUCCUCAUUUAUUACCUGGACCCGUCAGUGCUGACUGGACUUUCCUGCACCGUAAUGCUGCUCUGCCUGGCUGACUACCUUGUGCCCACCCUUGCGCCCCGAGUGUUUGGCUCCAAUAAGUGGACCACUGAGCAGCAGCAGCGUUUCCAUGAAAUCUGCGGUAACCUGGUGAAGACCCAGCGCAGGGUCGUCGGCUGGUGGAAGCGCCUCUGCGCCCUCAAGGAAGAGAAGCCCAAAAUGUACUUUGCCUCAGUGAUCAGCAGUCUGCUGGCAGUGGCCUGGAUCGGACAGCAGGUGCACAACCUGUUUCUCACCUACCUGAUUGUGAACUUCCUGCUGCUGCUGCCCGGCCUGAACCAGCACGGCGUCAUCACAAAGUACGCUUCCAUGGUCAAGAGGGAGAUCAACAAACUGCUCAAGCAGAAGGAGAAGAAGAACGAGUAGACGGGACAUUUGGAUGAAGAGGGGAGUCUCGGGCGAGACGAACCACAACAGGAAGUGGAAGGUGGAAGAAGCUUGUUGAAGAAAGUUGAAGAAAACGGAGCAGGAGAGCCACAAAGAGACUCUCGCUGCCUCACAACGAGACGCACUUUUGUUUUCUUUUUCCACACAUUGGUUUAGUUUAAUUUCUUCUUCCCACAUUGUGAAAUUUCAACCUCGUCACCCACUAGCUAUAUAUUUUCUUUUUUUUUUUUCUUUUUAAAUGUGUCUGCCACGCAUGCGGUCACGAAAUGGUGGUUAUCACGAGACAAUUUGAUCAACACGAGAUGUUCACGGAGUUAAACUGUUUCUUAGAUCAGCUGUGUUUUGUUUUAAGUUGCCAGUAAUGCUUUUAUGCCAUUCCCUGUUAGACAGAUCGACUACUGAAUAGUUAUUGUAGCAUUACUGCAUCAUUUUAACCCGAUUCCUCACAGUAUUUUUUUUUUUUUUUUUAUGUUACAUGAGGGCUUUUUUUGUGCUUAUUCUGCUUUGGUUGUAUUUAAAUGUAGUGCUGAAAACAAACGAAACUGGAUUUAAAGGUGAUCAGGACUUUCUAGAGACAGACCUACUGCUGUACCGCUGCUAGCUGGACUCUCAAAGUCUAUUAGUGCUUUGAUAACCCCCCACAGGCUGUUACUGGUGUGGGGUGUCUCAGUGUAAAUAGGCCUAUCCUUCAGUCUACCCCCGUCUGUCGUCCUUUCUUAUUAUUUAUGUAUUCUUUCCUCUUCAGUCUCCUCGUUUCUGGUCUUUACACUCAUUUCAUUAUUUGUCUUUACUGGCGGUCUUUAAGAAAAUGAAUAAAGUUUCAUUUAAAUUUA